UGCAGAGUUUCUUUCAAUUCUAGUCUUACUUCUAGUGUAUCUCAAGUUUGUUCAAAUGUCCAAUCCCAUCGUGUACUUCGAUAUCACUGCCAAUGGUGUGGAGAAAGGCAGAGUAGUUUUUGAGCUCUUUUGCGAUGUAGUGCCCAAGACGGCAGAAAACUUCCGUGCUCUCUGUACGGGUGAAAAGGGUAUCUCUGCACAGUCUGGCAAGCCUUUACACUACAAGGGUUCCAUUUUCCACCGUGUUAUCAAAGACUUUAUGUGUCAAGGUGGAGACUUCACUCAUGGAUCAGGUAUUGGCGGAGAAUCGAUCUAUGGUGAGAAAUUCGAAGACGAAAAUUUUAAAUUGAUACACGAUAAGCCUUUCUUGCUCUCAAUGGCCAAUGCCGGUCCAAACACGAACGGGUCCCAAUUUUUCAUCACUACAGUUCCUACCUCUCACUUAAACGGAAAACACGUUGUCUUUGGAAAGGUUAUCCAAGGAAAGUCCAUUGUUCGCCAGUUAGAAAGAUGCGAAAAAGGCGCCAGUGACAAACCUGUUGAAGACUGGAUUAUCGCCGAUUGUGGAGAAUUGGCUCCUGACUACGUGCCUGAGCCUUCUGGAUCCGAUGAUGGCUUUGGUGAUGUUUACGAAGAAGUGCUAGCAGACAACGACCAGAUCGACGUGAAUGAUCCCAAGUCUGUUUUUGGAGCUGUUUCCACGUUGAAGGAGAUUGGCACGAAGUUGUUGAAAGAAGGCAACUUGGAAAAGUCUUACGAAAAGUAUAACAAGGCAGCCAAUUUCUUGACGGAAUAUUUUCCGGACGACUUGUCUGAGGAAGACUUGUCUACAUUGUACAGUUUGAAGUCGUCGUUGUAUUUGAAUGCAGCCUUGGUAGCUCUCAAGUUGAAGGACGGAAAGAGAACAAUUGCUGCUGCAUCCAACGCGCUAGAUGUUGAGAAAAUUGACGACAAGUCGAGAGCAAAGGCUCUCUACCGUAAGGGCAUGGGAUUCUUACUUGCUAAGGACGAAGAAGCUGCCCGGAUAGCCUUGGAAGAUGCCCUCGAGCUUCAGCCUCAAGACGCUGCCAUAUUGAAAGGAUUACAGGAUGUCAAGCACAGUAUCAAAGUUCGUCGUGACAAGCAGAAAAAGGCCAUGUCCAAAUUUUUCCAAUAGGAAUAGAUAAAAUACAUGUAAU